AUGGUAGCCACCGGCACAAACGAGGUUCCAAGCAUAGCAAAUUACGACAGAAAAAGUGAAGUAAAAACUUUUGAUGACACAAAGGAAGGUGUUAAAGGCCUUGUUGAUGCUGGGAUAACCAAGGUUCCAAGAAUUUUUCAUCUACCAGUAGAUCAGUAUCCCAUCAACAACACUUGUGAUUCAGAACCCACCAAAACCCAGCUCAGAAUUCCAGUCAUAGACCUGGAAGGCCUUGAAUAUGAUAACAGUCCAACCAAGCGCAAGGAGACUGUUGCCAAAGUUGGAGAGGCAUCAGAGACUUGGGGUUUUUUCCAAAUUGCCAAUCAUGGCAUACCUGUUGAUGUUUUGGAAGAGAUAAAGAAUGGGGUACAUGGUUUUUUUGAGCAAGACACUGAGGUGAAGAAGAAAUAUUACACUCGUGAUCGCUUCAGACCUGUGAUCUACAACAGCAACUUUGAUCUUUAUAGUGCACCGGCAACUAAUUGGCGGGUAGACAUACUUGUUGAGUACUCCAAGCAAGUAAUGAAGUUGGGGAAGUUGUUGUUCGAGUUGCUGUCUGAGGCGCUUGGGCUGAAGCCAAGUCACUUGAAUGACAUGGAUUGUAGUUUAGGGCUUCGGAUUCUAGGCCAUUACUAUCCCCCCUGUCCACAGCCAGAGUUAACUUUGGGUUCAAGCAAGCACUCUGACAAUGACUUUAUCACAGUCCUUCUGCAAGAUCAUAUUGGUGGUCUUCAAGUUCUUCAUCAGAACAAGUGGAUUGAUGUACUUCCUGUGCCUGGGGCUCUAGUGCUUAUAUCAAAUGACAGAUUCAGGAGUGUAGAACACAGAGUAUUGGCAAAUCGUGCCUGUCCAAGAGUAUCUGUUGCGAGUUUCUUUAGCACAGGUUUUUUAGCAUUGCCACGAAUCUAUGGACCCAUUAAGGAGUUGCUAUCAGAAGACAAUCUUCCAAAGUACAGGGAGACAACUGAGAAGGACUUUAAUUCUCACUUCCAUAACAAAGGCCUUGAUGGGACCUCUGCCUUGACUCAUUUCAAGCUCUGA